UUAAAGUCCACAUUCUUGUCCAUUUUUACCAUUUAAACCCAACCCAAAAACAGUAAAAACAGAGCACACUCUGUUUUCACUAUAUACAAAAAAAAAAAAAAAAAACUAAGAAAAUGGGGAGGCUUUCGGCAACCAUAAUUGUACUUGAAUCGUUUACAGGUAGUGGAGGUGACAUUAUUGCGCAUAUUAUCGAGAUAUGGGGCCAAUUCAGAGUGCCAGUUUUGGUGCCAUUGUUGACAUUAUUGUUGUACGUUUCUUUGGGAAUGUCAAUAAUGUUGUUCAUUGAAAAGGUUUAUAUGUCUUCCGUGGUUGGAUUCAAUUAUUUGUUUGGUAGAAAGACAGAAAAAUGUUACAAAUGGGAAGAAUUUAAAAAUGAUGUUGAAUCGGGGAACUCUGUUUAUCCUCUUGUUCUUAUUCAAGUUCCAAUGUUCAAUGAACGAGAGGUUUAUCAGCUUUCAAUUGGAGCUGCAUGUGGGCUUUCAUGGCCUUCUGAUCGUAUUGUAAUUCAAGUUCUUGAUGAUUCAACAGAUCCUGUCGUUAAGGACAUGGUAGAAGUGGAGUGUCAUAAAUGGGCAAGCAAAGGUACGAACAUACAUUACCAACCUGAAUCUGACUUUCUUCGGAAAACAAUUCCAUUUCUUCAUCAUAACUCUGAAAUCGGACUUGUUCAAGCUCGUUGGAAGUUUGCAAACUCAGAUGAAUGCUUAAUGACAAGGAUGCAAGAGAUGUCACUUAACUACCACUUCAAAGUUGAACAAGAAUUUGGUUCAUCUACUCAUGCAUUCUUUGGCUUCAAUGGGACUGCUGGAGUUUGGCGAAUGGCUGCGAUUAAUGAGGCUGGGGGAUGGAAGGAUCGUACCACAGUGGAAGAUAUGGAUCUAGCAGUUAGAGCUAGUCUUAAAGGUUGGAAGUUCUUGUACCUUGGUUCAAUAAAGGUCAAGAACGAAUUGCCAAGUGUAUUCAAAGCCUAUCGAUUCCAACAACAUCGAUGGUCUUGUGGUCCAGCAAACCUUUUCAGGAAAAUGAUUUAUGAGAUCAUGAUGAAUAAGAAAGUUGCAUUGUGGAAAAAGCUACAUGUGAUAUACAGUUUCUUCUUUGUAAGAAAGAUUGUAGCUCAUAUUGGUACGUUCAUGUUAUAUUGUGUUGUAAUCCCUGCAAGUGUGUGGAUACCAGAAGUCGAGGUUCCAAUAUGGGCUACUGUUUACAUCCCUACAGUUAUCACCAUUCUCAAUGCUGUGGCAACUCCAAGGUCAUUUUAUUUGGUUGUAUUUUGGGUUGUCUUUGAGAAUGUAAUGGCCCUCCAUAGAACUAAGGCUACAUUUAUUGGGCUUUUUGAGACUCAAAGAGUAAACGAAUGGGUUGUUACUGAAAAACAUGGAGAUGCUUCCAAGGCUAAAAGUGCAAUCACACACCAACGAAGACUUGGAUUGAAACUAAGCGAUAGGUUUCUUGUGCUAGAGUUUUGCAUGGGCAUUAUUCUAUUCAUCUCCGGUUGCUAUGAUCUUGCAUAUGGAAAGUAUUACUACUACAUUUACUUGUAUCUACAAGCUAUAGCUUUUGUUGUAACGGGUUUGGGUUAUGUUGGCACCCACAUUCCCAACUCUUAAAUAAUGUUCUAUAUCAACUUGUUCGAUCAACUAUCAUUCUAUCUUUGUGCCUAAAUCCUUAUGUAAUUUUCUACACCAUUCAAUGUUGUUUGAGAAAAAUAAAACUUUCUUUUACUUUGUACAAUUGUUACCUUUGCAUGUAAACAAAUGAUAGUUCCCCACACAAAAAAGUACACAAGGACAACAAAAAUACGCAAAUGUUGAGCGUGGCUUCAUAAAUGAUUAUAAGGUAGAUAUGUUAAUUUGUAAUUAUAGGAUUAUUGGAUUAUAU